AUGGAAACGAGGGAGAGAGAUCUGGAGCGGCUGAUCCCGAUGCAUAAAUCAGGAGAGGUCGUUCUCUCUGUGCCGCCGUCUCCACUCGCCUCACCGAUUCACGUCGCCGGAAGAGAGGCGGUUUACAAAGUCAUUCGAAGCUGGGCCUCCAAGAAGUUCAUGACCGGAUGUGUCAUUCUUCUUCCUAUCGCUGUCACAUUCUACUUCACAUGGUGGUUUAUUCAUUUCGUUGACGGUUUCUUCUCACCAAUCUAUACCCAUCUCGGAAUCAAUAUGUUCGGUCUUGGGUUUGUGACAUCCAUAACAUUCAUCUUUGUGGUUGGUGUCUUCAUGUCCUCAUGGCUAGGAGCUUCAUUUCUCAGCAUUGGAGAAUGGUUUAUCAAGAAAAUGCCUCUCAUCAGCUACAUCUACUCAGCUUCUAAACAAAUCAGCGGAGCUAUCUCACCAGAUCACAGCUCAGGUGCAUUCAAGGAGGUAGCCAUUAUCAGGCAUCCUCAUAGGGGAGAAUAUGCUUUUGGAUUCAUUACAUCGACUGUGAUUCUCCGAGGCCGUGCUGGCGGAGAAGAGCUCUGUUGUGUCUAUGUCCCCACCAAUCAUCUUUACCUUGGAGACAUUUUCCUCAUUAGCUCAAAGGACAUCAUAAGGCCUAAUCUCUCAGUCCGUGAAGGCAUAGAAAUAGUCAUCUCUGGUGGCAUGUCAAUCCCAGAGAUACUAACAACGCUGGACGCAGAGACUAUUCACAGGACAGUAGCAGGAAGCUUUGCUAUUCCACCAGUGUAA